ACUCGCGCAAGAAGAAGUCGCCGACGAAGCUGUCGAAGCGGGGAAGCAGAAUUCGCAAAAGAAGAAGUCGGCGAAGAAGAAGAACAACGCGAAGAUUUCGUCGAAGCGUUUGGCGAAUCAGAGCGUACGAAGGCCGAAGAAGGUGCAUGGCCAGAUUGGGGGAUCCCUGAACAAGAUUGGCUCUUUUCGGAAUUCGCCCUUGAAAUUGGCGAAGGUAACCUCAGAGUGCUCAGAUUGAAUGAUAUACAUCUGCGUUCUCAGAUUUUCUUGCGCCACUUCUCUUUAUCUUUUGGGCCUGGAGUAUCGCGACUUCCACGCUAUUCUACAGUUCCCAUUCCUCGUUUCCAAAGCUCAGCUUAUCACCAACACAUAUCUUUAAGAGAAUAA